UUACAAAAUACAUAUGUAAUAUUCUUUCGUGGCAGCUCUCUAUAAAAAGAGGCGAAAAGCUGUCUUCAAUCAUCAUUCAUCAUCCUGCUGUUGGAACCAGAAGAAAACAAGAAAAAAGUUAAUCAUGAAAAUAACCUAUCUUGUCAUCGCUCUUGGAUUGCUUUGCACUUUUGCUCACGCUCAAUCGAAACUUGAAGAUGGGGUUAUGAAAAAAUCCGAUAAAAAUACCGCCCCAGUGGAAACUGUCGAGGAAGAAUUAGUAGAAAAUGAUGAUGAAAAUCCAGAAGUAGAAAAUGAUGAUGAAAAUCCAGAAGAAGAAAAUGAUGAUGAAAAUCCAGAAGAAGAAAGUGAUGAUGAAACUGACCCCGAACAUGACUUAGAACAAAGUGAUGAUCGUGAACUCACAGAGAACAAUAAUGAUGUGAAAGCUGAUCCAAGUGUAGAAAAACGCUUGAUUCACUUUCGUCGUCGUCGUCCUAUUUCGCCUCCCUGUCGUCGUCGUCGUACCCGUCGUAACCGUCGUACCCGUCGUACCCGUCGUCGUAUUUACCUUGGUCUUUUUUGGCGCUAA